GAAAAGAACAUUUUAAACGGUCAAACUUGAAGUUGUAGGUUAACUAACUGAAAAACGUAAACAAACAGAUUAUUUUAAAUAUUUGUUUGUAAUUGAAAUGACCGUUCAGAUUAUGCAGACCUUUUUAUUUUAUUUUGUGGUAUACGCAGUGGGUUUCGAAGAUUUUAUUUAUGUUUAUGGAGAUGGAAACAAAGAAAUGGCAGAACAGGGCAGAGUACAAUAUCAGAUGAUAAAGGAAAGAGGAGCUCUUCCCAAAUAUGGUCCAUGUUGGAAAGCUGCCCUAGAACAUUUAAAUGAGGGUUGUAGAUAUCUUUCGGAAGACACUCAAAGUGAUAUUGCUUUACAUAUCACAAACUGUUUUCUGGAAAUGUCAGGCCAUGAAACAUAUAACUGUGAACUGGACAAGAAACCUAAUUUGAGGGGAAUUUGUAUCAAUAGCAUGUCAGAUAGGGCAUUUAAUGUUUAUACUGAAUUUUAUACCCACACUCAAAAUAUUUGCUGGUUUCUAAGAGGACAAAUAUGGCACGAAAAAAUAGCAGAAAACACAUUAAAAGUAGGAAAACAAUUAGAAGUUUCAGCUGAGCAGCAAGAAAACUUGAUAAAAGUACAGAGGGAGAGUAUUGAAUUGCAAGAGAAAAUGAUGAAACAGGGUAAAUAUUUGGAGCAAGUUUUAGAUGAUGUUUAUGUAUCAACAAAAGCACAUCAAGAGAUUUUAAAGAUACUUUCUCAGAGUGUCACUAGUUUACAAACAUGGAUUAUUGGGGAAGUAUCUUGGAUAGACUCUAUAAUUUUUAAUGUUUUUUCUUUAAUUUUAAUAUUUAUUUUAACAUCAUCACGUAGAACGUUAUCUGCUCGAUUACCAUUAUUCUUUUUACUUUUCUUAAACCUUCUAACUGAAAGACUGAUAUGUUCUCUGUAUACAAAAUUUCAAGAAGAUUAUGAUACACAGAACUUAUACAGUAACAUUUACAAUUUUGUCUGGUAUUCAAGAUAUGCAUUUACUUUUCUAGGUGCUGUUAUUAUAGUAUACAGUAUAAUAAUAUACAAGGACAUUUUAGAAUACAAUGUUUCUUUGCUUAGCGAUAUUAAGAAACAGAAUAGUAAAAUUUUAUUCUCUUUAGAGAAUUUAAGUAACAAUAAAACGGCUUUAAACUCAUCUAACAUUAGUUAUAUCAGUGAAAAUGAUUAUUGUAAUAAGGGAAGUUCUCCAGACCCGAAUUUAAAAAAAUACUUUCAAUCAGUUGGUGCUGAAAUUAAAAAUAUUUUUCCAAAGAAUUUAGAUAGAGAAUCUAGUGUUGAUUCAAAAGAGAGUAAUGGUUUUCAUAGCAGUUUUGCCAGGCGACAGCUUGGUACACAAACUAGGAAAUAUAAUUUAAGAAGCGUAAGUCGUCAAGGUACCCCAGAUUCUGGGGUAGUUCAUUGAUAUGAGUGUUCUUUGUAGUUAAUUUUGAGUGCACUUCUUUAGUCAGUGUUUAUACAAACCAAGUGCCUAAAAUUAGUAAUUUGUUUGCAUUCCUUUUAUUUUUAACAUAGUUUGAGUAGCUUAAGAGAUUAUGUAAAUAUCUUCUUUUAGGGGUUUUCUAUUUUUUUAUGCAUUCCAUGACAUAUUAUUGUGUUUAGUGAUGUGUCUAAAAUUUAUGUUCUUAAUUUAUUUAAUACUAUCCAUAUAGGAUGAAUAUUGUGUGUAGAAAAAUAAAGUUUAUUAACAACAUACAUACAUAGGUACUUGUAGGUGAUCUACAUAUGUAUUUAUUUAUAUUAACUUUAUAUUAGUACUUAUUUACAAAUAGAUAUAGAUAGGAAAUUUUAUACAUCUUUUUAUAUUUCAAAUUAAAACUAUCAUUUUGUAAUGUGAAUUAAGCUGCGUCUAGCAGAUUUUGUAUAAGCUACUAUAGUGUACUGAGAUAAGUAUAAAUAAACAUUACCAUAUAUAAAAGUAACUUAAGAGAAAAUUAGCAGAUUUUGAAAAAUAAAAGAUUCAAUUUUUCUGGCUAAACACCAAAGAUAUAUAAUAUAAAAAUGUAUAACUAAGUUUCGAAUAUAACCAUUCACCACUACUGUUCAUUGUUUAUAACAUAUUUUUAAAAAUUUUAACAACUGUACCUUGUAUUAAUCUCAAGUAUAAAAAUUGUGAU